AUGUGGUCAUCGGAGUCUCCGUGCGCGGCGUGCAAGUUUCUUCGCCGGAAAUGCAAGCAGGAGUGUGUGUUUGCACCGUAUUUUCCAGCGAACCAGUCUCAGAAGUUCGCAAACGUUCAUAAGGUGUUCGGCGUCAGUAACGUUGCAAAACUUCUGGGCGAACUCAAAGCUGGGGAGCGAGAAGACGCAGUGAAUUCGCUUGCAUACGAAGCCGAGACUCGGCUUCGCGAUCCGGUUUAUGGUUGUGUGGGUCUGAUUUCGGUGCUCGAACACAGACUAAAAGAAGUUAAGAUAGAUGUAUACAAUGCGAAGAAGGAAUUGGCUAAUUACAUUGGUCCAUCGGCAAUGUUACCAAUCGUUCAACACCCUGGAUUUAUGCCGCAGCACCCAAAUAACCCCACCGGAUCUUCAGUGUUACAUGGUAACAUCUCACCGCUGAUGGGACUUCAGGCCGCCGUGGGACUAAUUUUGUUGCUCUGCUUCAUUUUCUUUUAUUUCCUCUGGUAAUUAAUGUUAUUCUAGGUUUUUUUUUUUUCGAAUGUUAUUCUAGGUGAGAAAAUAAAAAAAAAAUGUUAUUCUUUUUUUCUUCUAUAUAUAUAUAUUUUUAAUAUUUCUUUCACCUAACAAACAAUAAUAUAAAUAAUUGUUAUUGACUUAUUGUGGGAUGAUUGAUGGUUCAAUUAGCAAGUAAUUUUUAUUUUUA